AUGGCCACCGUCCACCUCUACGCCCUCCGCCGCUGGAGCGGUUGGUACAACUCCCCCGGGAGCUACGAGAUCGCGAAGCGGUACGGUCAACUCGCCAACUCUCGCCUCUGGGACGGCCUGUUUCCCGGACCCAAGUGCGAGCCCGCGGCACUCUUCGGUCUCGACGGAAAGCCCGGUCCUGCCUUCCUCGCCGCCCGCUCUGGUUCGAACCUCCCGAGCACUGGUCACCCCGCGUACCUCCUCGCCCGCCGCGCCCGCGACCUCGCGCCCAUCGCGUCCGUGCGCGGCCGCCGCACAACCCCCGCCGCCGUCACGCUCGUCGACCUCGCCCACGUGCCUCCCACGACGUUCCACCCCGGCAAGACCACCGGCGCGCACGGCUACCUCGCGCUCCUCCCGAUAGGCGCCAGCGUCGCUGCGGCGGUCGUCUGCGCGCUCCUCGCCGACUGGUGGUGCUUCGCGAGCAUCGCGCUCGGCAUCGUCGCGGGCGGCGUCGCGAGCCUCGUCAUCGGCGCGGGCACGCUCGAGUUCACGCACCCGACGCCCGCGCGCGGCGCGCCGCCCGGCGACGGCGUCCUGCUCGACGGCUACGCGACGCUCGUCGUGCGCGGGCCCGAGGCCGCCGUCGGCGCGCUCACGCGGGGCGGCUUCCGGCUCGAGUACGCGGGCGCGCCGGCGUUCGCGCCGAUCGGGUGGUGCUCGGUGCUGCUCACCGCGCAGUUCCUCGGGCAGCUCCUCCUCGUCCCGCAGGGCACGCUCUUCGGCGGGCUCAUGUUCGUCGCGUCGAUCGUCGUCUCGUGGGCGUACAACACGUACCUGUCGAGCAUCGACUGCGAGGACGUGCAGACGGAGCUGCUGUUCGAGCGCGUGCUCAAGAUCGCGCCGGGCGCGGUGCGCAAGAUCGAGCUCCCGUCGCGGACGGCGAUGGUCGUGUUUGCGUGCCUCGCGCUGCAGUGCGACCGGCCGGUGCUGAACCCGCACAAAAUCCUUGGGGACCUCAUCCCGAACGACACGCCGGUGUGGCAGCGAUGGAAGGGGAUCGUCGCGGAAAAGUGCCUGGCGGGCAGAACGGUACCAUUCUCGGAUACGGACUGGAAGGUGGAUGGGCUGACGGAGGAGGAGACGGAGCUCCUGCAGAUGCUCUUCGAGGACGCGGAGGACGCGCAGCAGGCGUGGCAGACACUCAACGACACGACUCCCCGCACAAAGUCAACAUGA